ACUACCACGAUGGAACCUACUCCUGCCUCUACACAGGAAGAAACUCUUCCUGAGGACAGUCCACCCAGUUCUCAUCCACCUUCAGGCUACUAUAUCACAAAUACUUUUCCUCCUUUGACUCCAACUUCUAAUUCUAUUCAUCGUUAUCCUACUUUAACUGCUUUUCUUCACAAGUUAAAUCUCUAUCAAUAUCAUAAUCAAUUUGUUGAAGCUGGUGUCGGUGAAAAUGAUAUUGAGCAAUUUAUAGGAUUUGACGAAUCUGAACUAAAAGAAGUAUUAUCUGCAAUUUCAAUGAAACCUUUUCAUUCAGCUGCUUUCAAAAAGGGGAUCAGAGAACUCAGGCAAACCCUAUCCGCAAGUCCGUCUUCUGCGAUGACAAAUCAUUCAACUAAUUCAUUUUCAACUUCUUUUUCUUCAACUCCUAUGAUUCAAUCUGACAAUCGUAAAUUAAGCAAAGUAGCUGAAACCACUGACAUAUCAUCUUACUCUGUGAGAGACAAAGCGUCGGUGGUAAUUGAAACGUCAUCAAUGAAAGUCUCACCAAAUAGAACAGGUGCAGAAGAAUCUACUGGAUCACCAAUGCACGAGAUUCAAGAAUAUUCUGUUAAUGCAAUGCAAGAUGUCCAUCCAAUUUCAUCUACUACUACUAUACCAUCAUCGAUCACGAAUUCAGCACAAACUACUUCAAAAGAUGUCAUUAUACAUCACGCAACGAUUUACGGAAAGAAUAACCCUAGAAAAUUAACUACUUAUGAACAAGCAAUCAAUCGUGCUGCUGUUGAAUUGGCUCUCCUUGAUCCAGCUUUGGUUGCUAACAAAGGUACCUUGUUCGAAAAAGCUAAAGAAAAGCUUCUAUUAGAAGGUUAUACAUAUAAAAGAGGUCAAUCUAGAUCAAAAUUGAAUCCAAAUGCUCCAAAACCUGGUGUAAAAACUUCUCGUGCUUCUCUUAUACAAAAACGAAAUGCUCACGCUGCUCAAAAUAGUGAAAGUCGUAACGCUCGCAUCUCAGAGCUUGAACGUAAAUUACAAAUUAAAGAUACACAAUAUACUGUUACACAAGAGCUUAAACGAUUAAAAACUGGUGAUCCUGAUAGUUUAGAAAAAGUUGAAUUAACUUUAGAGGAAGUUGAAAAAGAACGAGCUGAAAUUGCUAAAGAAUUAUCAAUUUUAAAAAGCAAAGAACGUAAACAUCGAUGGUAUGAACAAAAAAAGAAGGAAAGAAUGGAUUCAGGAUUUGAUGAGGGUGAUAUAGAAUCUUUAAAUCAGGAUUGUCGAAUAAUUGAUUGUGGAGAAAAUUAA